GGCGAGGGCGGCCGCGCACUCACUGCCCGCGGGCUGCGGCGGAGCAGCCCUACAGGAUACAAACAGGAUAAUGAAAUCAAACCUUAACCACUCCUUCAAAAUGAAACGCGAUUUUGAUUGUACUUCUCUUCACGCUGGGUUUGCACCAUUGAAGUCUACUGUGGAGAACACAAAACUGGAAGAAUCGUGUCCCUUGAAUUAUGAGGAAGGCUCUUGUAAAAGCUGUGCUGAAGAGCAUGAGAAAGUGCUCCUUAGUGACUCAUACCAUGCUGCCACCAGAAAUCUAGAUAUUGAAGAGGAAGGACAACCUGUACAUAAUAAAGAAAACAAACAACUAACCCAGAGACUUGAUGAAGGUAUUUAUGAAAUAGAAGCACUGGAAAACAGUAAAUUUAAUGAGGACAGUGGUUAUUCAUCUAUGUUAAGUAAUCAAUAUGCUGAUGUAAUAGAACAUGAGGACAGUAUACCUUUGGCUGGGAAUCUCUGUGGCACACCAAAGCAUUGUCUCAUGAAGAACCAAAACCAAGCACAGUUUUCAAAGAAGACUUUGUUGCCCAUUAUCCAUUAUGAAGAAAUGAUCUGCUCAACUUUGAAAAAAAGUGGUAAAAGAAAUCUCAAAUCUUUGGCUGCAGUAGACAGAAUUGUUUUUAGGGGAAAAGCUGAAUUUUGUAACCUAAUUGGAAAGAAAAUGGGAUUAGAUAGAAUAGACAUCCUUGCUGAGCUUUUCCAAAAGAACCUGAAGCACGUAUUAGCCAACAUCUUAAGACAUCUUGGUGAGAUGGAUUUAAUAAAUUUUGCCAAAGUCAGCACAACGUGGCUGAAGAUUCUACAAGAAGAUAAAUUGAUUUUCCAAUCAUAUAGUAAAGCUAUGAAAAACUUUUUGAAUGGCACCAAUCUAUCAGAACAUGCAGCAACAAGGGAUUAUGUUCUCUACCGAGGGGCUCUAGCUUCCAUUCAGAAAGCAAUCCUACCAAACAACUUGAGCAAAAAAGGCACCAAAUCCAAAGCAUCUAAGAAUCACAGCAGGCUCAUGGAGUUUUCUGAGGUUGCCAAGACCUUAAAAAACACUGAAAGCCUCAAAGUUUGCCAUCGCUGUGGCUCCCCUGCAAAAUAUGACUCCUAUCUAAAAAGAGCAACAUGCAGUCGUGAAAGUUGUGGCUUUGACUUUUGCACAAACUGCAUGUGCAGCUACCACAGCUCCAGUGACUGUAUGAGUGGCAAUCCAGUGAAAACCAAACCAAAGAUAGGGCCGCUUCCUGGGACUAAAAAAAGCAAACAGAACCUACAUCGAUUGUGA